GGAGAUUGUGUGACAAUGAGCCCGGAGAGGCUUUCCCAGCCGGGAGCCGAGUAUCUGGCACAGAGGCACGUCCAGGUGUACCUAGAGGAUGCACUCGCUCAGCUGCUGGAGAACAAGGACGAGGUCGAGCCCCAGGGCAGCACCGCCAAGUUCUUUGCCCAAUAUUUCGCCAGCGUGUCCAAGGGGACUCACGUCUUGUUCAGAGAGUUUGGCUUCGUACAGAUCACUCCACACAACAGAGCGUCGUUCCUCAAAAUCUUCUGGAGAUGUUUCAGGACCAUUGCUAAAAAUGGAGACCUUCUGUCUAUGAAGGAGUAUCAUUGUUUGCUGCAGAUACUAUGCCCAGAUUUUCCUGAGGAUCUGACCCAGAAGGCAGCAAGGAUUGUGCUGAUGGAUGACGCCAUGGACUGCCUGAUGUCAUUCUGCGAUUUCCUCUACGCUUUCCAGAUUCAGUUUUAUUACUCUGAGUUCCUGGACACCGCAUCUGCACUCUAUCAGGACCUGCUGACCGGCAAGAACGCAAAUACCGUCAUAGUUCCGACAUCGCGCUCCGCCACAUCGCGCCAACGCCAGCCGCCCAGCGACAGCAGCUCCCAGGAUGGGGUGGACGCACCACAGUUCUGCCAGGGCCUGGAGAGCUUAUGUGAGAGAUACAGACACAGUUGCCCCCCGGUGCCAUUAAUUGGUGAGAUCCUGAGCAGCGCCCCGCGGGUAUCCUUCUAUGGCUUUCUCAUGGCCCUGGCCAAGCAUCCAGGAAUCAACCAAAGCAUCGGUGCGCUCCCAGACAGAGCCCAUUUACUGCUCGAUGAGCUUCUGGAUAAGGAGCUUGACAGACUAAUCGCUCAGCUCUCUACCAGCUCCAUCACCCACUCGCCCACAUCAUCCUGCGCUCUGAUCUCCCGAGAUAUCGCACGUGUGGCUUCCCCACGGAAAUGCUUGGCCACGCGCAGGCGCCCCGACCUGGAGAGUGACGGCUCCACUGAAGAGACUGAUUCGUCUGAGAGUUAGGGAACAGCGGGACCUCUGUGUGGUCUUAAGAUGUUAUUAAAAAAAGGCAGGCUGAAA